AUGGAGGGAUCAAAUGGCUAUUGCUAUGUUCUGUGGAAAGAGACACGAGGAAGCUUCAUCAAACAAAGGUCUUCAAUUGCUUCUCAGGUUCCUGUCUUCGGUUCUUCUUGUAGUGAAGCUUCGAAAGAUGGUACAGAGAAGCGUAUAGAGCGUAGAGAAAGAAGGACUUGGAUGCCAUCAGAUGAUGUGGUGCUCAUCCCCUCCUGGUUAAACACCAGUAAAGAUCCUCUAGUAGGGAAUGAGCAACGUUCUGGUGCCUUCUGGUCAAGGAUUGCAGCAUACUAUACGGCCAGUCCGAAGGUUGCACCCGGUGAAGAGAGAGAAGGAAGCCACUACAAGCAACGUUGGCACAAGAUCAAUGAUCUUGUGUCCAAGUUUAGUGGAGCGUACGAAGCUGCAACAAGAGAGAAGACAAGCGGCCAAAAUGAGACUGAUGUUCUGAAACAUGCUCACGAGAUCUUCUACAACAACUAUAAGAAGAAGUUUACACCUGAGAAUGCGUGGAAGGAGUUUCGAAAUAACCAGAAAUGGUGUGGCAAUGAAAGCAACAACAAAAGGAGGAAGUUUGAUGAUGGUUCUCAUUCAGCAAGCGAAUCUGCAGCAAAAGCCAGGGGGAAGAAGAAGUCGGUGGUUGAGGGGAAGGAGAUCUUUGAAUUUCAGAUGAUGUGGAGCAUCAAGAAGGCGGAUUUGGAUACAAAGGAGAGGCUUGGGAAGAUUAAGCUACUUGACAGUCUGAUUGCAAAGCAAGGACCACUAGGUGAUGAAGAAGAAGCUCAUUCUUGA